ACACCCCCCCCCGAAGCCCAAGGACCUGGUGGCUGCCGAGCGUGCAGGAAGUGAGCGGGAGGCUACAGUCUCUGCCAGGGAGGCUGAAGGGUACCUGAAGCAGUCAUUGAGCAGCAUCUGUAUGGAGCCUGCAGCGAGGCUCUGCCUGAAUGAAUUGGCAGUGGUUCAGAAGUCUGCCUGUUUGACAGGAACCAGUGCCGGCACAGUCGUCAUUCAGCUUUUGGGAGAUGCCCAGGGAGCGCGGCCAAAGGGUUUCCAUGGCUGCACCUGCCGUUUCAGCCAGACUUCUGCUGCCUUGCCUUGCAGACACGUCUUGGCGGCGCUGAACUCAGGAGGAGAGGAUUUGGAGCGGGAGUGGCGCAAAGGAUGCAGUAACUCCCAGCCAGGGUAGACCAACACCGAUGGCCUGCUGGAAGUCUUGGGAAGUUCCAGGAGUGAACUGUUGGAUAAAUACCUGGUUGUGUCUUUUCUAAUCACAGAGAUCUGCCGGCUUCUGAGCCAGUGCAAUCCGAAAGAGUUUAAUCAUAGAUACGGCACUCUUCGUGAGCUAGCUGACUGCUGGAUUAGGCCUUACAUUCAGGUGAAGUUAGAACUGCAAUCAUAG